AAAAUUAUCAGAAAAUAAUCUCAAAUUUCUUCAAAUAUUAGGAGUACAUACUUCUCAUAACUACUUUACUAUUUGUUGUUUUCCCUAAUUCAAUUUCAAAUUUCAAUCUUCUGUUACCCUAAAUUUUCUCCCCUUUUUUCGCACUUCAACAAUCUCUCAAUCUCUCUACGCAAAUGUCUUCCUAUGGAAUCCGCAAAGCUGCAUCUCGCUACAAUUCAUUCGAUUCUCAAACUUCUUCACCAUCAUCUUCUGUUGAAUUCAAAUCAUUUUCUUCAAACUCUAAAUCUUUCUUGAAAAAUGAUGGUCCAAAAGCCAAUUCAAUUGUCAAAGUUAAUUCUGUUAAAAAUCAGCAAAAUUUUGCUUCCAUGGUUAAGAAAUUCAUGGAGAAGAGAACGAAUUCCAGCUCCAAAACUAAGUUGCCGACAAAUAAUGGCGAUCGAGCAUUGCCAUUGGUUAUUCCUGCUGAUUUUAUUGCAGAGGAUUUGAAGAAAUCUGCGAGAAAAGGAUCAAAUUUAAGUAACCUGCCGAAGAAAUUGUUUGGUAAAGGGUCGAAUUCGAGCUCGGGUGAGAAGAAGGUGAAGGCAUUGACAGAAGUGAAGUCGAAUACAAGGACUUUAGCAAUGGUGCUGAGGAGCGAGAGGGAGCUUCUUAGCUUGAAUAAAGAUCAAGAGGCAGAGAUAGCUGAGCUUAAGUCUUUGCUUCAGGAACGCAAUCUUGAAGUAGAGAAGUUAAAGGAUUUAUGCUUGAAGCAAAGGGAAGAGAUAAAGGCACUGAAAAGUGCCGUUUUAUUCCCAGAAGAGAUGAACUUGCAACUAGAAAACCUGUUAAAGAAGCAAGGUUCAGAACUCAAGCAAGCAAGGCAGGUCAUUCCUACUCUUCAGAGACAGAUUUCUUCCCUCACGGGUCAGCUACAGUGCCUUUCCGAAGACAUUGCUGAGGUAAAGGCAGUAAAGUACACAGGCAAGACAUAUAGCUCACCAAGAACACCGAUAUAUGCUCAAGAAGAGGCCGCUAAUUCUCUGGAUUUCAGUGAUGAUGAGCCGAGUACACCUGAUAGUCCAGAUGACAUGUUAUUGAACGAUGUGAACCCAUGCUUGACACCUUGUUAUUCAAAGAUGAAAUCCAAGGAAUUUGGGGAAAUAGGCUGUGAUGAAAAUGUUUAUGAAGUGACUCAAGAAUGUAGGAAGAUAUCAAGAAGUUCUGAUCACUUUAAAAGUUUAAGACUAGAGAAUAGCACUACUCGUGCACCUUUUCGCAAGUCGGAUGAAAGUAAAUACAAAAAGAGAAUGGAUCAUCAUGUUUUUUGAAGCAUUGUCUUGAGGUUCUUAAAAUUUGUAUUAUCAAUUAUUUUUUUUGAGUUGUCAUAAUGCUGUUAGUUUUUACACGCCUAAUAAUUUUGCCAUAAGAUGAAGGUGACAAUAUCCUCUAUGUUUUUGUCUAAUUCAAUUCUACUAUGCAAACUUUAAGAAUGUGUAUGGUUUAUCAAGAGAUGAUUAAUUAGUAAAUGAGAAAUCUGCGUCGGUUCCUAUCUUUAUUUUUCGC